AUCUCAUUUGAAAAAAAAAAAAACAUUGUUUUGUUCCGUUUUGAACGACUUGUUUUGAAAGCAAACUCUUUGUUUUUGUUUGUACAUUUACAUAACAAUGGAUUCAAUCUAUGAUAGAAAACUUCUGGCGAAUCAAGUUGCUCAACUAUGUUAUAACCAUUUUGACAAUCUCCCAAAAAAAGGCAAACCUAUAGAAGGAAAAGAAUGGACUGUAGUAGCUGCAUUUGUUCAACAGAUUAGACAAAAUGAUGAUACAAAAAGUUCCCUUGAAGUUGUUUCCAUGGGUACAGGCUCUAAGUGUGUUGGACAGAAUAAGCUGUCAAAAGAUGGUGAUAAAUUGAAUGAUAGUCAUGCUGAAGUUGUUGCUAGGAGAGGUUUUCUCCGAUACAUGUACCAUCAAAUGGAAAUAGCUGCUUCUGGCAAAGAAAGUGGCCUAUUCAUUGUGGACCCCAUUUCAAAAAAGUUUUUGCUGAGAGAAGGAGUUUCACUUAUUUUCUUCUCCAGUCAUACACCAUGUGGUGAUGCAUCUAUAAUUGUAAAGGAAAAUAGCAAAAUUAUGUCUAAUACCACAGAGGAAAUAUUAAAACCAUCUGAGAUUAAGGUAACAAGUUUUGACGAAGAACCACCCUCAAAAAUGCCAAGGUUUGAUAUUCCAGACAUUCAUAGAACAGGAGCAAAGUGUGUAGAAGGUGGACCCCAGGAUUUAAAGCAACCUGGUGUUAAUCACCAUGUAGCUGGUGUUUUAAGAAUAAAACCGGGAAGAGGGGACCGUACAUUGUCAAUGUCCUGUAGUGAUAAACUCGCCAAGUGGAAUAUUUUGGGUGUUCAAGGAUCUCUGUUAAUGAAUUUCCUUUCUAAACCUAUUUAUGUCUCUCACGUUAUUAUAGGGAAAUGCCCCUAUAGCCAAUCCGUCAUGGAACGUGCCUUAAUCACAAGAUUUGAACAUUCAGACAAUCAAAUGGGAAAUGCUGUAUUCAUGCAGCAAAAACCAGACAUUAGUCAAUCUCAGAUUGAAUUCAAAUUUGGCAAAGUAGAAAAUGAUGAAGAUGACCAGAUGCACCCUUGUCCAUCCAGUAUAAGUUGGUGUGCUUGUCCUAUGAAACAACUAGAAGUUGCAGUGGAAGGAAGGAAACAAGGAAUUACAAAGAAGAACCAGAACAAACCGUCAUGUCGAUUAGAAAUCUGCAAGAAGAAUUUAUUCCAGAAAUUUGUCAGUCUCCUCAACUGCUUCCCAACUGAUAAUUUGCCAAUUCAUUUAAAAGAGCAGCAUUCUGAUAUUCAAUGUAUGACAUACAAUAAAGCAAAGCGAUUGUGUUCUGACUAUUUUGAAAUGUGGGAACAAACGCGCGCAAAAAUGCUGUCGACGUGGACUUCAAAAUCCACAACUUUGACUGAAUUUACUGUUUGUGAAUAAUUAACUAAUACGUUAAAUAAACGUUCAUUUUAAUUCGUA